AUGAAUGUCGUUAAAGUAAAUUAUGCACAGUUUAAUGUUUUGGACGGUGAUAUAGACAGCCUCGUAGAUUUGACGAACAACAGUUGUAGUUGUAGAAAGUUUAAGCUUGAGCAGCUACCUUGCAAGCAUGUAGUUGCAGUUUGCCGCUUCUUGAAAGUAAAUGUAUACUCGAAGGCUUCUCUGUAUUACACUCAGAAACCCUGGAUGGAUGCUUAUUCUGAUAGCAUCUACCCGGUACAGCCUCACGGAAUGUGGGAUAUUCCUGAAGAUGUUCGAAGUCGAGUUGUGCUGCCUCCCCUGGCAAGGGUCAUGCCAAGCAGACGAAAGAAGAUAAGAAUUCCCUCGCAAGGAGAGGGCACCAUUACAAACAAGUGCUCAAGGUGCGGUUCCGCAGGCCACAAUAAAAGCACCUGUAAAAACAAUAUUCCAUUGCACAAUGUAUCUUAG